CACAAGGUGAAGCAUUUUCCCCACAUAAUCAACAUUGUUUCCCAUAAUGCUUUGCUGCGUGGUCUCGGUGCUGUUUGCUCCAGCCGCCCGCUCCAACAAUGCAGUUUUUAAUGGUGCUGUGAGCGGUGCGAGCUGGAAACGCAGCAGCACCGCAAGCUUGUUCUGAGACUGUGGUCGGACACAUUAAGCACAACGACAUUUUUACGGUUUGACAAACCCGCUGCACGCCCGAGACUCGGCUUUAUUUGGGUGUCCCGGACUGUUCUGCUGGGGUUCGUGCAUUAAGAAAAAGGUGGAGAAGCUUCCAGAGGAUUUCUGAUAAGGGGUCAGAAAAUGAGCACAUCCAAGACAGAAACAACUGACCCACCCAGCUAUCUCACUGCCCUGUGAACAGUCAUGCCCCCCUCUGUAUCACCCAUCAAGGGGAAGUCCCACAAAGAUGUGGGACUGUUUUCUGACAUAGAUUUGGAGUAAUAACUAAACCUCAAUAGAUUUGGCAUUAAGUUUGGUCAGCUAUUACGCACAGUACAUAUUAGACUACAGGUGAGGCUAAAUCCCUAGCCAACACACACAGGACUCUUAAGAGGAGGUAUACAGCCACAGAUGACCUUUACGGAAGAACAGAGCUACACCCCGGCUUUGUUGACUUAGUACCCAUCCCACUGCCUUGAUGACAAGGUUGACCAUGGCAGCUGCUGAUCCCCAUAGCAGCGGUUCCUUGGUGGGGCGAGGAGCAGACUGAAAGAGUCAACAAUGCAGCGUAGCGGUGGUGGAGUGGGUGCUGGAGGCCAGCCAUGGGUGUUGCGACGUGUGCGUCUCACAUGGCUCAGUUUCAUGCUUUUCUUCAUCCUGGUCUUCUUUCCACUCAUUGCCCACUACUACCUCACUACCAUUGAUGAAGCUGGAGGUUCUGAUAAGCGCAUUUUUGGGCCACGGCCUGGUGGCGAACUAUGCGAGGCCAAACAUGUGCUGGAUCUGUGCCGCAUUCGCGAGUCGGUCAGUGAGGAGCUGUUGCAGCUGGAGGCCAAAAGGCAAGAGCUCAAUGGGGAGAUCGCCCGACUCAACCUGCGCAUUGAAGCCUGCAAGCGCAGCAUUGACAGUGCCAAGCAGGACCUGUUGCAGCUGAAGAAUGUUAUCAGUCAGACAGAGCAUUCCUAUAAAGAACUAAUGGCCCAGAACCAGCCCAAGUUGUCGCUGCCUGUGAGAUUGGUGCCAGACAAGGAGGACACAGGACUGCCACCACCCAAGUCUGCACGCUCCUGCCGCCUACGCUCCUGCUUCGACUAUGCACGGUGCCCUCUUACAUCAGGGUUUCCUGUGUAUGUCUACGACACAGGCUCCUACCCAUGGGGGGAUUAUCUAGACCCAUUGGUGAAACAGGCUUUUGCAGUGUCAGUGAAGAGCAACAUUUAUGUAACUGAUAACCCCAGCAUUGCCUGUCUGUAUUUAGUACUGGUAGGAGAGCUACAGGAGUCCUCCUCCUCAUCACUGCCAUCUCCUUCAGAGCUGGAGAAGCAUCUGAAAGCUCUACCUUACUGGAGAUCUGAUGGACACAAUCACUUACUGGUGCAUCUCUCUAGAAAAUCCAUGACACAGAACUUCCUGUAUAAUGUGAGCACAGGACGAGCAGCAGUUGCUCAGUCCACUUUCUUGGAGAAGCAGUACCGUGAGGGCUUUGACUUGGUUGUGUCCCCGCUGGUUCACGCUCUCUCAGAACCAAACUUUUUGGAAGUGCCCCCUCAGGUUCCUGUGAAGAGGAAAUACCUCUUCACCUUCCAGGGAGAGAGGGUGGAGUCCCUGAGGAGCAGCUUACAGGAAGCGCCGCCUCAGUCUUUCGAGGAGGAAAUGGAAGGAGACCCACCGGCUGACUACGAUGAUCGCAUCAUUGGCACCUUAAAGGCAGUGCAGGACAGCCACUUGGAUCAGGUCCUGGUGGAGUUCACCUGCAAGAACCCACAGCCAAGUUUACCAAGCGAGUGGGCCGUUUGUGGGGAGAGAGAGCACAGGCUGGAGGUGCUCAAGGCUUCUACAUUUGCCCUGGUAAUUGCUCCAGGCGAUGGACAACUUGUGGCCUCAGCAGGCUGUGGAAUGAGGCUCUUUGAGGCCCUAGAGGUAGGGGCCAUUCCAGUUGUGCUGGGGGACCACUCCAAGCUGCCUUAUCACCAGUUUAUUCGCUGGAGUGAAGCUGCCAUUAUAGUUCCCAAGCCUCGUGUGACAGAGCUACACUUUCUGCUGCGCAGUCUGUCAGAUAGCGACGUGUUAGCGAUGAGGCGGCAGGGCCGCUUUCUAUGGGAGACCUACUUCUCCACCUCGGAGAAUGUUCUUAACACAAUAUUAGCCAGCAUCAGAACCAGCAUCCAGGUUCCAGCUGCACCCAUCAAAGAGGAGCCCGCCCAUGAGAUUCCUCACAAAGCUGGGAAGCUGGCAGGAACAGAUGCCAACUUGGCCGACAAUGGUGAUCUGGAUUUGGGUCCUGUCGAAACAGAACCUCCCUAUGCUUCACCACGGUUUCUGCGCAACUUUACAUACACAGCUGCAGACACCUAUAGAGCAUGGAACCGGGCCCCGGGGCCUUUCCACCUGUUUCCUCAUACUCCUCUAGACCCUGUGCUGCCCACUGAAGCCAAAUUCCUUGGCUCAGGUACUGGUUUCAGACCUAUAGGUGGAGGUACAGGAGGCUCGGGGAAGGAGUUUCAGGCAGCUUUAGGGGGGAAUGUUCCCCGAGAACAGUUCACCGUGGUCAUGCUGACGUAUGAGAGGGAGGAGGUGCUGAUGAACUCUCUGGAGAGGUUGAAUGGACUACCGUAUCUCAACAAGGUAGUGGUGGUGUGGAACUCGCCCAAGCCACCUUCAGAUGACCUACUCUGGCCCGACAUCGGCCUGCCCAUCGUGGUUGUCCGCACAGAGAAAAACAGCCUCAACAACCGCUUCCUUCCCUGGGACGCUGUGGAAACCGAGGCCAUCCUGUCGAUUGAUGACGAUGCUCAUCUCCGCCACGAUGAGAUCAUGUUUGGUUUCAGAGUGUGGCGAGAGGCCAGAGAUCGCAUUGUGGGCUUCCCUGGGAGGUAUCACGCAUGGGACAUCAACCAUCAGUCCUGGCUUUACAACUCCAACUACUCUUGUGAACUCUCCAUGGUCCUGACGGGAGCAGCUUUCUUCCAUAAGUACUACGCCUAUCUGUACUCUUACGUGAUGCCCCAGGCCAUCAGGGACAUGGUGGACGAGUACAUAAACUGCGAGGACAUCGCCAUGAACUUUCUGGUUUCCCACAUCACCCGCAAACCACCCAUCAAGGUAACAUCUCGUUGGACUUUCCGCUGUCCUGGCUGCCCUCAGGCCCUUUCACAUGAUGACUCGCAUUUUCACGAGCGCCACAAGUGCAUAAACUUCUUUGUGAAGGUGUACGGCUAUAUGCCACUGCUGUACACACAGUUUCGUGUGGACUCUGUGCUCUUCAAGACUCGUUUACCCCAUGAUAAGACUAAGUGCUUCAAGUUCAUCUAGCAUCAGGCUGAGCGUCCAGCAAAGGGCCAGAAGCAGAGUGGGUUGAAGGACUCUGGGUAUUUAAAGAGAGCGGCAGCUCCCACUGCAAGCGCUGAUGAAGAUGAAUGGAUGGAUUGCAGAUGAAUGCACAGAAGCAUUGUUUUGGGUUUGGAUUUUGCCCAGGACAAGCUGACCUUAAAAGCCGUUGCCCGGAGGCCAAAUUCACAACUUUACUGAAUAUUCAAAGAGUGGAAGCUGAAAGGGACCACUGCCAACAAAAUAAGCCUUUUCAGUGGAUGUAACUCCUCCUCCUUCAUGUUCGUCAGUCAUUAUCUAUCAUCAACCAUUACAGAUAUCAUU